GUCGGGCUGCGAGAUGAGGCUUUAUGUGAGAUUGUCGCGAGACGAUUCAGCCAUCAUAUCGAAGACACGGAUGCGCUUGCACUGACCAGCGCGGUCUAUGCUUGCGGCCUCGUGGCUUACUUCGACGAGCUCUUCUUCCAGAAGGUCUCCGACUGGCUCCUUCGUGCACUCGCGCUCUCGGGACGUCGAUUAGAACCCCAGCAG